AUGAGUAGUACUAUUCUUUUUUCAUCCCGCUUUACCCGCCGCCUUAGCCUCCUAACAAUAUCUCACACUCCGAACCAAGUAAGCCCAGUGCUUAAACCUAAACAGAGUCCGUUUUUUAGUCCAACAAAACACCAUACCAAACUGCAAACAGUACACAGGCAGCAAGUCCAGCGACAGGCAAUGUCCGGGACACCGCUUUCUGUCCACAGCUCUGCAUCGACGCCCGAAUCGCGCAUGCUCACCAUUAACGACACAGACACAGACAACUCGUCCCAGCCACUGUACAUUGACUCCGGAGACGAAGAAACGCACAAUGUGAUUGAUCUGGAUGCCUCCGACGCCUCCGAUUACGACAGCAACGACGACGACGGGCUCGAUCUGUCGGCUCCUCCGCCAGAUCAACACAGCAAGUUGCGCGAGGUCAAGUGUCCGAUUUGCCUCGAGCCGCCAGAUCGGCUUUGUGUCACGGAAUGCGGCCAUCUCUACUGCGGGGACUGCGUGUUCAAGGCUCUUUCUUCGGGGGUUCGGGCCUCUGAUUCGGUGGGGGAGUGCAGUAUUUGCCGCAAGUCUGUCGUCUACAAGAACGUUGUGUUUCUAGAGACCAGAAUGGGCCCUCUACUCAAGGACGACGACGACGAGUACGAAACGGACGACUCCAUCGAAGACGACCGCAAUGUCAAGGUGCAAAAGAUGCACGAAUCACUAACCUAUGAUCUGGACGAGGUGGACACUCUGGAUCUGACUCCGUCCUUGCCGGACGCGUAA